CAAUCGCCGGGUUUAGAAUCGUGAGGACACCACAUUAUGCCUUCGCAUACGUACGGAAAUUCCUCCCACGACAACCGCAGCAUCAUUGGCGAAGCAAGAGGGACUUCAUCAGACGUAACGUCGAACUGAAAAAGGAAAAACACAUUCAGAGUCAGCGUGUAGGACGAGAGACAUUCUUGGCAGCUGUUCCAAUUUUUUGCUGGGAUUUAGUUCAUUUCUGGAAUCUAAAAAAUCGACUACCGAUCGCACAGGAAAGUAGACGGGGUUGAAAGGGCCAAAGUAGAGGAAGGGGGACUAACUGGGUGGAUUUCGCGGCGCAAGGUGGUCGGGAAGUCAGAGGUAUGGUUGCCGUGUCACCAUCAUGCGGUUCUGUCAAGAUGCUGCCUAUGCUGAGUCUGUGCCUGAUCGCCUGGGCCGUCGGAGAGAUCCACGGGGCUCGUGAUGGCGUGUACACCAACAGCUUCGUGGUGGAGAUGCACGAUGGUGCCGGGGAGGCAGCCCACAGUAUCGCCAAGAGACACGAUUUUGAAUAUCGGGGAACGGUAAUGGGCAAAGAUAAUUUACACCAUUUUGUGCAUAAACGGAGUUCACCACACGCGCAUCGUCGGCGCCGUAGCACUGAGCAUGUACAGACGCUUGAGGCAGAACCUAUGGUUAAGCGUGUCAUCCAACAGACGGGAUUCAAGAGGGACAAACGUGGCUUCAAGGAUCUACAUCUGGCGUUCAGGCGGCUCAGGCGGGACGUGGCCGCCAAGACGACGGGCAAAGACGCCGGGCAAAAAUCUGGCGAAAGCAAUGACAAGGAAAAGAACUGGACUGACUUCAACGAUCCGCUCAUACCAAAACAAUGGUACCUGAAAAAUACUGGCCAGGCCGAUGGCAAAACGGGUCUCGAUCUCAACGUGGAGGCAGCAUGGAAAAAAGGCUACACAGGCAAAGGUGUGACUAUUGCAAUCAUGGACGAUGGUAUCGAUUACAUGCACGACGAUAUAGCGCCUAAUUUCAAUCUUGCGGCAAGUUUCGAUUACAGUAGUAACGACGCCUUCCCGUACCCGCGAUACACGGAUGACUGGUUCAACAGUCAUGGGACACGUUGUGCAGGAGAGGUGUCCGCGGUUGCUGAUAAUGGUAUCUGUGGAGUUGGUAUAGCAUACAACUCGAAAAUUGCUGGUAUCCGCAUGCUGGACCAGCCAUUUAUGACCGACCUGAUCGAAGCGUCUUCCAUGAGACACGAACCCCAGCUGAUCGAUAUUUACAGCGCUAGCUGGGGGCCACAAGACAACGGCAAGACGGUGGAUGGACCACGGGACCUCACGCUAGAAGCAAUAGCUGAUGGAGUCAACAAGGGACGUGGCGGCAAGGGGAGCAUCUAUGUUUGGGCUUCAGGGGAUGGUGGCCCCAAUGACGACUGCAACUGCGACGGGUACGCGUCUAGCAUGUGGACCAUUUCCAUUAACUCAGCCAUAAACGACGGGCGUACCGCCCUCUACGACGAGUCGUGCUCGUCCACAUUAGCCUCCACUUUCAGCAACGGCAGGAACAGGCAUCCUGAAGCUGGUGUGGCUACGACAGAUCUGUACGGUAACUGCACGCUAGCUCACUCGGGUACAUCAGCCGCUGCUCCAGAGGCUGCGGGAGUCUUCGCUUUGGCGCUCGAAGCCAACCCUGACCUGACCUGGAGGGACAUACAGCACCUGACUGUUCUCACCUCCAAGCGAAACCAGCUGUAUGACGACAAUUACCAGUGGCAGUGCAACGGGGUGGGCCUGGAAUUCAACCACCUCUUCGGUUUCGGGGUGUUGGACGCAGGGGCUAUGGUGGAACUGGCUGAGAAAUGGAAGACUGUACCGGAACGGUUCCACUGCUCUGGGGCCACCUACAAGGGAGUCAGUCAAGUGCCAAACGGUAUGUCUGGUGAGAAACUAGUAUUACGUCUCACCACAGACGCCUGUGAUGGCCAGGACAACGUGGUGAAUUACCUGGAGCACACCCAAGCCAUCAUCACCCUGAACAGCACCCGGCGGGGAGAUGUGACAAUUCACCUGACGUCCCCCAUGGGCACCCGUAGUAUCCUCCUCAGUGAGCGGCCGGCUGACGAAGAUGUCAUCGACGGCUUCCAGCGCUGGCCCUUCAUGACCACCCACACCUGGGGCGAGGACCCGCGAGGCGAAUGGGUGCUGGAGGUUGUCAUGGCCGACGGAAGCCCUCACACCGCCACACUGACCGAGUGGACCCUGGUGCUCCAUGGCACCAAGGAGGGGACGUACAUCGAGGAGGCCAAGUCCAAGUCCAGCUGCAAAAAGGCCGUCCUGGAGGCCGAGAAGGAGCAAGAAAUCGAGGAGAAGGAGCAAGAGAAGCUAGACAAAAGCCAGCCGGAAAAUAUGGACUUGGCCGAGGAGGUUGAGUUGCUCAGAGACCUAGAGGGCGCCAUCGAAGAUGAGGAAAAGCAGCAGUUUGAACAGGAAGUUGAAGCUGUCGGCCAGGAGGUGGAGGACGAAAUGGAGGACGAAGUCUUCAAAGAGCCGGCAGAACAGGACCUCGAACUGCCAGCCCUCACGGCCGAGGACCUGCAGGAUCUCAAGGACAUCCCCGACGUGUUCUACUACCCGGGCGGUGGUGAUUCCUGGUACGGCACAAACGAUGUCUACGGUGAUGCUGCAGGGAGAGGCCAGUGGGAUGGAUGGACGGAUCAGGAUGACAAGAACAUCGACUGGAAAGACCCAGAGGUCUGGAACCGACUCAGCCAGUUGUUUGAGGAGAAGUAUGGGAAAAGCAAAUCUCCAUAUGGAUAUCGAUAUUAAGACCCACCCAGACCCUCCGCCCCGUCCGAUCAGGUUACUAUCAGCAGGAUUUUUUUGGGAGGGGUGUUUGAUUCCAGUGUCGACAAAAUUAUGCUAACUAGAUUGAGAUUAAAUUAUCCUGGUAUAUUACCACCUUAUUUCUUCCGCACGGGGCAACAUUAUUUUUUUUAAAAGAAUGUUGACCAAAUUAAAAAUAUCAAAAGGGAUUUCCCUGUUCUGUUUGGCCACCGUUCGGGCCUUUGUGAUUCACACUAACUUGAAAAUACAGUACAUGUAUGUAUUCUGUUUCUCCAUCACUUAUUAAAUUGCACUGAUUUCGUGAAGACCACGCAUAACCUCGUCCUCAGCCGAGAUCCAAGGUUGUGUAAUACGUGCACCUGGAUCCAGUUAAAAUUUCCGCGCAUAAAAGCGGAACAUGACUUCGCCCUAGUAGAAGCACCCCUUCAUCGGUUGAAAAGAGCCAAGUUGGGGGAGAAUGUUCGUUUUGUUGGUAGCGAGGCGCCCGUAACAUUUGCAUGUCAUAAUCAUUCGUGAACCAGCGACGUGCAGUUCCAACCGAAGGUGUCUCCGUUGCAAGCAAAAAUUGCGCCCUCUCUUGGUCUCGCUCGGGGCGAGACCAAGCUAUUAUUAAGUUAAAAGCUCCCGUCCGCUCGGCUGCCCAGCGGUCACGCUCCAGUACUCGCUAAGCCAUGCACAAUGAGUUUCGAAAGAAAGUGGUAAACGGCGUGUUCAUUGCUCUAUUAGUUUAUUCAUUAAACUGAAAACGUUCGAAACUGCUGUCUUCGAAACUAACAUAUUUGUUAAUUGGGUUUCAAGUCCGACUCAGUUUAUGUCAGCUCCCCAAAGUAAGUCAAGUUGCUUUUGGCACUUUAAAUUAAAUGGUUAGUAUAGACAAUGCUUGCGAUAUUCGUCGGUGAUGGAUUGUUUAAAUAGUGUAUUGUGUUCUAGAAUAUCCUCACAAAAAGGUCAGAAGACAGUUUGAUGUCAUUUUCUGCCGUCGUUUACUUCCACAAGAUUUUGAAUUUCUUAAAGCGUGUGUUCAAUUUACAUGAAAACCACACGAGGGUGACACCGCGUCUACGUACGAGCUAAAGACUUCACUUGCCUCCAUUUGAAAGCAACCGCGCAGAUAUAUUCGUGAAUGCCUAUAACAAUGUCUUCUCUAAAAUCAUAUUUUUCACCAUGUCAAUCCAGACUUAGUUUUGAGCUGUGCUGUAAUCAAGUCAUAACGCACCAUCAGAAGCCAUUCACAAGUAACAAUAAAUCCCUACUUUGCUAUUUAUUGACGAUUACGUUCUGAGAGAAGCAUUCGUUUGCAAUUGUUUAUUUUGUUGAUUAGCCUUGUGGUUGACAUUUUAUUCGGACUUCAGCAUGAUUUAAAAUUCACCCUACCUUCGCUGAACCUUGGUACAUAAGGCGAUAACACACGUCUUAGGAGUUUCGGGCACUGUUGGAGGAACCCUUUAGUAAAUGGACGCCUGUUGUGUUGUGAACUUUUUGUACAAUCAGUCAUUCGUGGUUACGUUCACCUUGAGUAAAAUCCGUAAAUGAAACACACUAACUGCAAAGAAUGGAUACGGUGUUCUUCCUCAGUACUUGCACAUAAAUAAUGUCAUGCUACGUAUAUAAAAGGGAGUUGUUCGUGAACUUAUAGAAGCCAGAAGCCAAUAAAUUUGAUUACAUAGUGCAUGUUUCAAUCUAGAUAUGAAACGUAGAUACAGCUUUUUUAUAGCAAAAGUAGUUUUCGAGAUCAAGUUGUGCAGGGGAAAUUUGAGCGUUUGUUUAUCAUCUGUAAAGUUAUUCAGCCACGUUUCAGAUAGGCCAUCUGUACUUAUCUUUUAAUUGAUUGAUUUAAUUUCUUUAAUUGACUGUUUUGUGACAAAUGAAACACACCGACUGCAUCCCAAUGCAACACAAUACGGAUGUUGAGUUUAAGAAUAGCUUGCCAUUACAUGCUUUAAGGAUGGCCAUAAUGUGAGAUUUUGUCAAUUCACGAACCAAUUCAUUCUUCUUUUCAAGUAUUUGACAGUGUUCACAACUUCCUGAAAUGUACUUCUGCGUAAUAACAUAAAUGCGAAUAUCUCAAAUGAAGUCUCUUGGCGUCCCUCCCCACUUGGUCUCCAAUGUCGUUUCUCACGCUAAACCUACUUCUUUUUUCUCCUAGCUAAAUGGCAAUGACUUUGAAAUCACCUCUGUAUAUCGACAACGAAUGUAAUUUGUUUUAGUCAGUUUUUUCGGGUAAUUGGUUGUUAAAAUUGUGAUGCAUAGGAAGAGUUGUUUGUAUUAUUAGUUACUUUCCCCGACAAGAAAAGAAGAUAUUUUUUUGUGCAAAUAUCAACGUCGGAUCCUUAACUUUGAAGACAAGUGUAAAGUAAAAUUUGGAUCAACAAAAUGAUACAAUACCUUAUUUGGUGUGACAGUACAUCUCUAAGCUCAUGCAAAUCGGCGACAACGACCGCUUGCAAUUGGUAAGCUGUCAUUAUUUGGAGCGAUGCAGACUUGAUAAACCCGCCAAGUUCGAUUAUUACCCUAGGGAGUCUCGGUAGUAUUUUAUGUUGGUCGAGGAGCGCGCCUCCUCCGAACACGGGUUUAGUACGAAGCAGAUGUUUAAGUGAUUUGCGUUCGAACACAGAUAUGUAAGACACCUACAUCAAUCACACAAAGACGUUUCGAGUUAGAUUCUUGGUUAAAAAAGCACCUUCACCGCGUCUGAGUUUUCGUUCCCCCCCCCCAAGGUAAAACGUUAAUCGCAUUUCCUUUCAGUAGACAUAAAGCAACUGAAUAUAUUUGUUCUUGCCGAAAUGCUGAGUGCCGCUUUGUACUUUGUCUUGUCUAGCAGUAGACUUAUGCACUGUAUGAAAAAAAUACAGAUCUGUAGUAUUCUUCCUGUCAAAGUAACAUAUAAAUUGUAAUGUAAAGUUUGUAAAUGAAACCAUAUGGAAUAGAAUUAUGUACAUUACAUAUAGAACUAUGACGAAGAUGUUCUUAUUCUUUAUUUUGCUCGACUUAUAAAAAUUAUUUCACAUAGAUGUUAAAAUUUACCAAAAAAAUGCAAUUAAUUAAGAAUGUUAAAUAUCUGUGUUCUGUCUAUCCCUCCGCCAAAUAAUAAAGAAUUCUCCUUAAUGUUCUUUUAAUCAUUAUAAAACGCAAAAAAAUCUGCACGGAUCAGAUUUUUGAAGCAAAAUUUUAAAACGUGACUGUAGAAAUGUCCAAGUAACAAAACCAAGGAAAACUCUCCCAACCGUUCAAAUGAGGCUCGUGUUGUUUGAGUUCAUCUUAGUUCAGAAACCAUGCAAAUGUAAUAAAGUGUUAGUGGUUGUAAAAUAA